CCAUCCCACAUUUCCUCCUCUCCUGGGCCCCCUCCUCCUCAGCCUCAGCCCUGGAGCUUGCCGCCUCCUGCCCUGCACACCUGGCGGGGGAGGCUGGCCCCUGGCGCUGGCACCCUUGCCAGUGUCAAGUCUGGGGCCGCUCUCUUCCCAGCGGGGCCCACAGAAUGGACCUCUCCCUAGGAGCAGGGCCAAGGGCCCCCAGGGUGCUGGCAGGGCUGGGCUGGGCUGGGGCUGCCAGGACCAAGGAUGGAUGCAGGUGAGGUGGGCCAGACACCCUCGGCUCCCCCAAAACACACACACACACCCACACACACACAUACACACACACGAAUACACAGUUCAUGUGCCUGGCGGAUGCGAGUCAUACCAAGAAAAGAACAAUGGCCAGGCUGACCAGUCCCUGGGCAGCUCGGCCUUCAUGCCUGCACCCCACCCCCUGCCGCCACCUCCAAUGUUUACAUUCAUAGCAUCCGAGGGCAUCACCCGUCUGGACUCUGCCAGGCUCUGCCACUUGCUGCCUGAUGUGGGUAAGUACCCCCACCUCAGACCUGCACACCGAGGCUGCGACAGACCCAAACGGGAGGAGGAGGGGUCUCCUCAGUGGGUGGGGCUCCUCUGCAGACACCCCAUCCAGCCCCUCCCCAGCGCACACAGCUGAGCACCGCGGGUCCCUGGCCUGCCUCCGUGCAUUUGCACAUGCCAUUCCCUGCCUGGCCCACUCCCCAAACUCCUGCUCCCUCUCCGGUGUCCAGCAGCCACCAGCCUCAGCUGCCCACCACAUCCCUCGGAGCAGUUGCUCACUCGCCCGGCACCUGCAGCCCUGGGGGGGCUCCUAGAUGGCCUGUCCUGCCCUGCCGCCGUGUUUACUUGUUUACGUCCCGCCGCGCUUCCCCGUGGGUCCCUCUGGGUCCCUCAGCCGGGUGCUGGCACUGUCCAGCACAGAGCCUGCAGAUGUUUCCCAAAUGAAUCGCAGUCAUUCAGCUAAACUGUGUGCGCACGGACAGGCGGGGGAUCGGCCCAGCCCUGCCCUCCAGAAGCUCCGGGCUGUCCUGGAGGAUCCCCCCCGGACUCACCACACCCCCACUCAGACACACCAGCCUGGCCUCCCUGAUGGGGCAGGGGUGCUGGGAGGGGGGCAGAGUCCUAAAGUGGCAGAGGACAGGGAGGAGGAAGUUGCUUGAAAGCCUGGUGAGGGGAGAGAGAAGUAGCCCAGGGGAGGGAAGGGGCACAGCUGGGCUACAGGGGGCAGUGUCUGGUCACUGGGCACAGCUCUGUGGUUGCCUCCCCCAUCUCCCGGGGGAACGAACCUCUGUUCGACCCAUCACGCCAGCAGCAGCCACAGGGAGACAGGACCCUGGAGAGCAGAGGGCCCCCCCCCCACACGCUGUGUCUAAGGCACCUCCUGCCCAGCCAUGCCCACCCCCAACCCCGCUCUCACCUCUCGAAGAACGUCCACAAGGCGCCUCCACCUACCCAGCACAAACCACUGCCUGCAAAGCCUGGCUCUGCCUCCCUAAGACCCGGGGCAAGCGACUCCCCAGUCCGGGCCUCCGUUUCCUCACCUGUAAAGGGGGCAUCACCCCCGCCCCACUGGAGCGUGGCAACGAGGAAAGAGGUUACUGGAGAUAAAAAAAGCAUGUUGGGACUUCCCUGGAGGUCCAGUGGUUAGGACUCCGCCCGUUCGCUGCUGAGGCUGGGCUUAAUCCCUGGUUGGGGAACUAAGAUCCCGCAAUCCGCGCGUUGGAGUCAAAAAAAGAGAAGCGUGUACGCUGAGCACGGCUCCUGGUGAGCCUGGAACGCGCGUGUCGUCGUCAUUUUAUGUGAAGCAUCUGGAGCAGCUGGCAAAUGGGGCCAGUUGGCGCCACUGUUGCUGAGCACCAGGCUCUGGGCUCAGGGGACUCCUCCUGACAACCACGAGAGGCAGGCACGGACGCCGGCCUGCUCAGCCAUGAGGAAGCCGAGGCUCAGAGAGGUGAAGUCACCUGCCCAAGCUCACACGGCUGGGCCCUGGAGGAGCUGGCACCUGAACCUGGGGCUGCAUCUUCUGUGGGCCUGGACUCCAAAUCCAUAUCCUAGCUUCCUUCCCUCCCACAGCAUAAGUGCCCAGACCAGCAGACCCUCUGGCGGGUCCCGCCCUGGGCAGCAGCGUGGCCUGCCAUCUCCAUCCCUUACUGGGGUACCGCGGUGGGGUGGGGGGCGGCGGCAGCCCCCAGUCCUUGAGAGCUGAGGGCACCGCACGGGACAGGGACUGGGCAGGCUUGCUGGGAAGGGGCGGGGACAAGGUGGGCAAACCGGUCGGGCCACUGGGCUCCUGGCUCCCAGCUCCCGGGCCUCUCACCAGUCUGGCCUGCGCUGACGCUGCCAGACGGUGGGGCUGGCACAGCGGCUCGGCUGGCGGCAGCGGCGGGGCAGGGAGCUGGGGCCGCGAGGCUGCCAUCAGGUAUGGGGGACCCCAGGCCGGGGGGAUGAGGUGGGCAGGGGCCACGCGCCAGGCCCCCAACCCUCACCAACUCCAGCUCUCACCCCCGUUUCCUCUGCCCCUCGGGUUCUCCCGUGCCUGUCUCUAAACAGCCUCCUUCCCUCGCUUCCGCUCCUCACAUUUUAAACCCAGUGCCCCCCCACCUCAUCCCCAGUUUGCUCAGCCUCUCCCCAGACUGGACCACGCCGACUUCAUCUGCUCCCCUAGAGUCCCCCUCCCUCCAACCCCUCAUUAGGUCCCAAAUGUCUCAGCCCUGACAUUUCAGCCGCUCGCCUGCUCGGUGGCUCACUGCUCCCCGCCUCUCACCGCACUGGUUUCAAGUCCCUUCAAAGGGUGCCAGCCUCCACCACCCACAGCGCACCCGCCCAGUACCUAGCUCCCCCCUAAUCUUACUCAGCCAUCCCCUGGCUCCCAGCCCACGUCGGCUCAGCACCCGCACUGUCCCAGCCUCUUGGAAACUCCCAGCAGCUCCCGAACACCCAGGCCUUGGAAAUCUCACCCACCCCAAAUUACCCCCCAACACCCCCCAAGCGUUCUCAUCCUCGCGCGCCUGGCUGUCCCGUCCCUCCAUCCUGACCUCUCCCUGUUACUCUGAAGAGCACCCCCAUGCCACCUGGGUAGCCCAGGACCCCAACAUCAGGGAUGAGGUCUCACCUAUCGCAGGUCUCAGGGCCGUCCGGUGGGUGGGUUCUUGCUGCUGGCGCCCGAGGGGGCUGGGUACUGAGCCCGCUUCUCGUCCCCACCCCCAGCAGGCCCCCCGCCGCCAUGAACCAGCACUACACCAUCCACUUCACCAAGGGUGCCCUGCCCCCCCGGACCCCCACCAAGCGCUACUCCUCGGACAGGGAAUUGGGGCACCAAAAAGCCCUCCUGACUUGGGGCAGCAGGGGAUGAACACCAGCUUGCUCUGGUGUUGGGGAGUGCAGCUGCAGCAAGAGGUAGGGAGUGGCCCGAGGGACGGAGAGAGCAACACAGCCAUGGGAGGGAUCCACCCACCCACCCACUCAUUCAUUCAUUCACUCUGUGACCAGGUACUGGUCGCCUACAGGGGCGCCAGGCUCUGUUCUGGGGGUGUCACAGGAAGCAGGGCAGACAGAGAUCUCUGCCCUCAUGGAGCUCACGUUCUAUAGGCGGUGGGGGGAGGCGGGUACAGGAAAAAAGAUAAAUAGGGAAGUUCAAAAGUGUGUCACCGGGCGACAACCAUGUUGGGGGGGAAGAAUAAAGCAGGGAGAGGAAAUGGGGUUUGCAAAUUAAACAAGGGCAUCAGGCGAGGCCCCAUCAAGUCUGCAUUUAAGCAAAGAUGGGGCAGUUCUCUCGAGUAACUAGCAACAGGAUCAGCAGGUGCAGACUCUGAGGCGGCCUGUUCACGGGGCAACACGGAGGGACAUGCGGCUGGAUCAGGGGAGACAUCCUGACGGAGGAUGACGUCUACUGCAGCUGCCUGGCCAAGACUCUCUGCCACGUGCCUGUUCCUGUGACCGUGGGUUUCUACGCCCCCUUCGGCUGCCGCCUGCACAUGAUGCUAGACAAGAUCAUGGCCCCGGCCGAGGGCCUGGCGCCCACAAGACCCCUGACAGAUAAUGUUAAUUGAAGACAUGAGCUGAAACUUAGCCUGGUUCAAACGCUGCUGGAGCUCAGACCCCAGCCCCAAUCAUGGCCAGAGAAGCCGGAGGUGACUCACCUCCGUGUGCCCAGCCCUGGUGAGCACCUAUCAAACAAGCGCAUGUCCUGCUCCUGUGUUGUCACAGAGCAACAAACAAGGUCCUGGAAGGAGAAAAGAUUCGGCUCUAAGCGCUGAUGCAGCAGGAGGCGACCCAGAGGGAGGCCGAGGAGCUGCGGCACGUGCAGUGGCAGCUGAGGCCCAUACGGGGCUGGGGCUUCUCGAAGCUGCUGUGGUACCUGGUGUUCCUGCAGCCCAUCAUCACCGAGUUGCAUCUGCGGCGCAAGAACGUCAAGUUCCUCUUCAUCCGUUUCAGCGCCUGGCAGUACGCAGGCAGUGACAAGCUGUGGGCCGGCCUGGUGGCCACACUGUGCGAGGGCAUCCGCCAGCAAUACGGCGCACUGCCCUUCAGCUUGUACUCGGUGCUGGGCAAGAAGGCGGCCACGAGGCCGGGCUACCGCCACCGCGAGUGGCACUGCCGGGGCCACGUGUGCCUGGCACUGCUGGCGCUGCUGGUGGCGCUCAGCCUGGGCAUGAGCCUGCUCUACCUGUCGAUGGGCUCCCACGUACUGGGCCACAGCAACACGUUCCGGGCAUUCGGCGGCGCGGCCACCACGCUUUCGGGCUCCGGGCUGCUCAUGGCCAUGUACUCGGUGGGCAAGCACCUGUUCGUGAGCCAGCGCAAGAGAAUUGAGCGGCUGGUGUCGCAGGAGAAGUUCAGCAGCCAUCUGGGAUUCAUGUGCCAGGUGAAGAAGGAGGUGGGGCUGCUCACCGACUUCCUGUGCUUCCUGGAGAUCUACCAGCGGCGCCGGCUGCGCGUCGUGCUCGAGAUCACAGGGCUGGACACGUGCUACCCGGAGCGCGUGGUGGGCGUGCUCAACGCCAUCAACACGCUGCUGUCCGACAGCCACGCGCCCUUCAUCUUCAUCCUGGUGGUGGACCCCAGCAUCCUGGCCGCGUGCCUCGAGAGCGCCGGCUCCAUGAAGGGCACGGCCGACAACGGUUACCUCUUCCUCAACCGCACCGUCACGCUACCCUUCUCCGUGCCCAUCAUGGGCCGCCGCACCAAACUGCAGUUCCUGCACGAUGCGGUGCGAAGCCGCGACGACCUGCUCUGUCGCGAGAUGACGCUCAACGUGAGGUCGCGGGGCGGGGCCGGGGGCGGGGCGGUGACCGGGGGCGAGGCGGGGUCGGGGGGCGGAGACGUCGCGCCGCUCCUGGAGACAGAGGGGCCGGCCCGGGCCGAGAGCGCGCAAAGCCUCCUGGAAGUAAAGGCGGCGCGCAGCAUCCAGGAGGCGCUCUGCUGCCUGCACGACGAGUGCGACUGCCUCAUCGAUUACGUGCCCGACAACGUGGUGUCCAUGCGGCGCAUCGUCAACACCGUGCCCAUCACCGUGCGCCUGCUGCAACAGCAGCAAGGGGACUUUGAGGGCCUCUCGCCGCGCCAGGCCGUGGCUUGGGUCGUGCUCGCCAACCAGUGGCCGUGCCGUCUCAGCUGGGCCCUGCAGUGCCUGGAGGACGAGCAGCAGGCAGGGAGCGCGCCCGAAGCCAGCGCGCCCCUCUGGGACGUGUUCUGCGACCACAGCCUCGAGCUGCACACCAUGACCGCGACGCUGCAGAAGGUGCUCGACCUGGACGGCGACCCCGAGCUUUUCCAGCGCUUCCUGGGCGCUGACUUCCCCUUCACCGUGGCCGAGGCGCAGAGCCUCUUGCGCUGUACCGUUAACCUGGACCACUCCAUACGCCACCGCAUGGGCCUCAUCCGGGCCGUCAGCACGCUCAAGACGCCCCGCACGCCCAAGUCCCCUGCCCGCAAAGACCCUCACGCCGCCAGCGGAGCCAACCACGCCCCCGGGGCGGCCUGGGCAGGCCAGGCUCCUGCGCGUGUCUGCGAAGCCCACCAACCCCAGGACGGGGGCAAGUCCAGACCCAUGGCCUGAGUGCCCUUCACUUGGGGUCAGUCUAGCCCAGGUGGGCCUUGAAUGGAAGGCCUUGGGCGCAGCAGAGGGCAACACUUCCUUCUGCCCGGAUGAGGGUGUAGGGGGCCUAACUGGGUCCAAGUCCCAGGGUCCAGUGUCCGGAAUGAGGCCUGUGGUGGCCACAUUCCCCAGGUGAAUCUGUGAGCCACAGAGAACUGUUGGCAGGAGCCACCAGGAGUGGGGGGCAGUGUAUCAGUGACAGCAUCUGAGAGCCCGUGCAGAAGGACCCAUGAGGAACUCGGGGUUCAAGUGCAAUAAAUGAAGAUGUGAAAACCCCA